AUGUCUCCCACUCACUUGAAUCUGUUUCCCGCUCCAGCGAUGAGCACUGGCAUGCCGCGCAAGUCCAGCCUUAAAAAGACCAAGACCAACAAUACACCGCACACGAACGGCGAAGUCAAGCUGAAUGGCGUUGCAUUCCAAGUCAUGGCGUCUCCAAAGUCACCCAUAGUUCAGCCAGCCAAGGAGACCAUCAAGCACGCUCUUUUCUGCGACCCUCCAACUGGUGAGCCGAGGUCGACAUCUCCAGCAUCUGCGACAACGUACAACUCUACCAUUUCGAAUCGAGGGCCCCUGCGAAGGCAGUCUCGCGCCCGAAGACCGUCGAGUUUGAUCUCCAACGGGUCACCCGCAAUUACGAACGACUCCUGUCCCCAUGAGGAGGAUGAGCUCACCGCUUUACCCACCAACACACAAUUUGGCUCCACUUCGCCUCCCAGGAGAAGCCUUUCAUCACAUUUGAAGAGGUCGAACACAAUCAAGACGACCGUCGUGUCCUUGGCUAGCAAUGACCUCUUCACGCCCAUCACGGAUGAUGACAAUCUGUCACCGCUACCGAGCAAGACCCGGUUUCAACCCACCACUCCAUCUCUGCCCGGCUACAGUCCACCGAUGAGAUCAAUGUUUCCUCGAUACGACCCAUCCAGACCUCUGGACGGACAACAGUACUACCCAACAGCACGCGCCCCAUCUCCAGCUACUUUCGACAGCGAUAAAGUCAGCAAGAUUGGUAGUCCUAUCGAACGACACUCACUGAAGAGGUAUGACUCAGCUGUCGGUCUCGUAAACGGCUACGAACACAUUCCUGCCGCUGGACAUGCCGAUCUCGAAGCAGUCUGGAAAGCAUCGUGUGAGGAGUUCCCCUGUGAGGGCAGAAAAGUGCAGUUCGGCCUCCAUCAGCCCGCCAGCGGCACAGCAAUAGCAAUCGGCACUUCGCUGGAGGACCUCAUCUUCUCAAUGGAAACCGACACUCAACCCAUCCAACCCGACGCCUCCCCCGCAGCACCUAAACAGUUCACAGUCAACAAGCACAACCCCACCGCCCCGUCCUCAACCCAAGUCGCCCAACUUACCCUCCCCGAACACACCACCGGCAUCACAUCCACCAAAGAAUCCUCCACCACAACCAUCUUUCCCCAAGCCGCCGCCCUCGCCGCUAUAGCCUCCAUCUCCAACUCCCCACAAGCUCAAGCAAUUGCGACCUUCGACCCCACCGCUUCCAGCCCCGAAGCAGCCCGCAUGGCUCAAGACGCCGUCGCCGUAGCUUUCUCCCGCUACUGCUGCGACUUGACCAAACGCACCCGCGUCCGCGACUCGCUCGGAAGUGUGGUCGCACACUACGACCUACGGCACCCCACCCUCGGCGUCUGCGCUGUGACCGUCACCAAGUCCCAGUCUGCGAUCUCGAAUUCCGGUCCGCGAGCCAAGAUCGCGUUUCAUCACCCCAGUGCCACGCCUGCGGCUGUCGGCGCUGAGACGCUGGAGCUGGCGUUUUUGGACUUCGCGCAUGAUGCUUGUGUUUUGGAUCUUCCGGGAUUGCUGGCGUUGGAUAGUCAUUUCGUCAUCGACACGGUUGUUUGCGCAUUGUUGGCUGUGGCAGUGAUUGAGAACGAUGCGCUUGUUAGGGAGCUGGUGACUUUUGAGGCGCCGCCGAAGACGCCUGUAGGGUUGAAGGGGAAGAGUGGAGUGGAGGGUGGGGAGAAGAAGUGGUUCAAGAGGAUGGAGUCGAAGAAGGGGAGGGGGAAGCAGAGGAAGGUUGUGAAGAAGGUGAAGGAUGAGGAUGAAUUGCCGGGUCUGGCGAGAGCGACCAUUGCGGUUGCUGGCUUCGGGUUGAAGGCUGCGGUGUGGGUUGUUGGGACGGGAGUUAAGGUCACGGCAAAGGUUGUAAUUGGGGUGGGAAAGGCGGUGGUUAAGUGA